UCGGGCCACAGUGCACUCCAGUAUGUCAUCGGAACGUCGGUCACGAUCUUCCUAUCACACACCCCUUGGUUGCCAUGCCUCAAUCAGGAGUCAGGACGGAUUAUAUCAUGACGUAUCAUCUCCAUCUGUGUCAAGGACUGCUCUAAGACAGGGGCCGCCGCGCACACUCAAGCAUCAACCAACAUGUCGUCUCCCCAGCAAUUCGUCAACUACGCGCUCGGCGGCUGGGAACUCGCCGUGUGCUCUAGCCUGUUACUGCAAGGCGUGCUACUCGGGCAGACUGCGCGCUACCUCGCCAACGGGUUCCACCGCACGGAUCCGACGAUCAUGCGUGUUUGGGUGGCGGGGCUGCUCGUGCUGUCGCUCGGCCGGAAUCUCUUCGGGAUACAGUUGAUGUACGAGCAAGAUACCGCGCACUAUCUCAACUUCCCCGCUGCGCUUGGCGAAUGGCUCUCUGCACGAUUCGACGCGAGCUUUCUGAUUAGCGGCGUACUGGUGUACUACGUGCAGAUGUUUUUCUGCUGGCGCCUCUGGACGCUGUGUAGACAGAUAUGGCUGCCAUCGGCCUUCGCGUUGCUGUUUUCAGCUGGGCUAGUCUGCUCGAUUCUCGCAGUGCCCUUGGCUCAUAUGAAGCAGCCUGUGCGAUGGGCGGCGGCGUACCUCAGCGUCUACUUUGUCAGCGACUUCCUCCUGUGUGGAUCCAUGAUGUUUUUCCUCCUCUCGGCGCUGCCCUCCGCGGCGUGCGCGUUGGCCCUCCUCGCGUCAUCUCAGAAGAAUCCAGACUACGUCGCGGGCAACUCUGCGCUCGCGAUCACGGUCGUCCUCACUCAACUGCUGCCCAUGUCGUACGCGUACUCGCCAUGUGGACGCUGA